AGGAAGGCAUAUCUUUUUACAGUGAGCUAUUUUUUACACCAAAAAAAUCUGUUUGAUUCUGCGAUGAAUACUCUUAAAUAACGCACCUGAAAAAUGCUAGAGAAUCAUAGAUACCUUCUUAUCAAAUUUCGCGAUGAAAUCGCCACAGAUCUCUUAGUAGAUGAUGUACUUGUUUGCCUGGAAAGCAAACAUGUUUUGGACUCAGAUGACAAAGAAGUCAUAAGGAGCCAAUUCACCUCUAAAAGACGGGCAGAAAAACUCCUUGAUAUCCUACCAACUAAGGGAUACGAAGCAUUUGCUGUGUUUUUCAAGGUACUAGGGGAAAAAUAUCCACAUUUGGCUGAGCUCUUGAAAGAUGGAGUUUCAGAAGAGGAGCUUGGUGGAUGUGUUUUGGAUUUUGUAGAUUCCCCUGGACAACUUAUGAGAAUGAGCAGCCUUCAUCAUGACAUGCUAACGACCAACAGAGUAGAGAUCGUAGAAGACCUUCUAGUUCACGAUGUUUUGAAUUCUCUGCAAAGUAAAUUGGUCUUUGAUACUGAAGACGUUGAACUGAUAAAAGCAGCCAGAACUUCCAAGAGAAGGGCAGAGAAACUUCUAGAUAUUCUUCUUUCUAAGAGCGAUGCAGCAUUUUACCACUUUAAAGACUCUUUAGAAGAACCUUAUCCACAUCUUGCUGAACUUUUGGAGGGAGAAAGUUUGUUACCAAGAAAAGUUUCAGAUGCUAGAGAAAUACAAGAACAAGUGGAAAAUGUUUUGUUAGAAGGGGAUGUACCGCAAAGACCAGAUGUCUUCACCAACAGAGCACGUGAAGUUCACCGUGUUCGUACUGCAUUACGAUCUUUAAAGGAUCGCGAUGGAUGGGUUAUAUUGCAUGGUAUGGCAGGGUGUGGUAAGACAGUGUUGGCCGCUGAUGCAUUAAGAAGCCCACAGAUUUUAAACGAAUGCUUCCCUGGGGGUGUGUUCUGGAUCCGGAUUGGUCAAAUUGAUCAGCCAAAACUUCUGAUGAAAAUGCAAAAUCUUUGUACCCGACUUGAUUCUGACCACGCCCGAGCACCUCCGAGAAACUUAGAAGAAGCUAAAGAUCGGCUAAGAAUUCUCUUUGCACACCAACACCCUCGGUCUUUACUCAUCCUAGAUGACUUAUGGAGUGAAUGUGACUUACGCUACUUCGACAUCCGUGUACGUGUUCUUGUAACCACUCGUGAUGCCUCGAUAUCUAACGUUAUUAAUGGCUUGAAAAGCAAAGUUAAAGUUAGCGAAGGAUUCACUAACAAAGAGUCGCUUGAAAUGUUGUCUCACUGGACUGGGUUACGCAUGAAUGAGUUGCCAAGAGAAGCAAAUGAGAUUGUUUCUUUGACGCAUGGUUCUCCAUUAGCUAUUUCUAUGAUCGGUGCUUUAUUGAAGGAACAUUCAGAGAGAUGGAGGUACUAUCUUGGCCAACUAAGAAAGAAAAAAUAUAAUAAACUUAAAACUAGCUUUUCCUAUCAAUACCCCACGCUCAGUGAAGCUUUAUCCAUUAGUAUUAACAAUCUAAAAACGGAAUUACGAGAGCGUUAUAUGGAUUUGGCAAUGUUUGAGGAUGAUGCAAAAGUUCCGGCACAAGUUCUUUGUAUUCUUUGGGAUGAAGAGUUCGAAGAAGUAGAAGACAUAAUGGACGAAUUAGUAAACAAAUCGUUGGCCAGGAAAAGUGUCCAGUCUGGUGACAUGACGGAAACGUGGUACAGCAUACAUAAUUUACAGCUGACGUUCCUUAGAGAACAGAAUACAAAUCCAGAAAACCUACACAAGAAGUUAGUGGAGGGAUAUCGACUACUAUAUGACAAAUUUGAUGAGAUGGAAGAUGAUGGUUACAUUCACUGGAACCUUGUUCCACACAUGGAAAAAGCAGGAAUGAAGGAGGAGGCUUACCACCUUCUUGUUGAUCUGUCCUGGGUUGUUGCAAAACUAAAUGUUACUGGACCAGCUAAUCUACUAAAUGAUUAUCUCAGCGUAAAGAAAUAUAAGGACUCAGACAUUCUUGAAGGAUUCUAUCAUUUCGUUAGCACCAAUGCGCACUUGUUUGUAGAGAAGACUUUGCCAGAUAUCAUUCAGUUGGGUCUACAAGAACCAGAAACAUCACAAGUAUAUGUGCAGGCCAAAGAACAAGCAAGGAAACUAUCUAGAAGCAAUAAACUUUAUCUGGACUGGUGUAACAAGCAGGAAGAUCCUUUGGAUUCCAGUUUAAUGAUAACUGCCAAGGUUCACAGCGGUGCUGUCUAUAAGUGCCAGUUCUCUAAAGAUGCGCAGAAGGUUGUGUCCUGUGGCACAGAUAAUAAAGUCAAGGUUUGGGAGAGUCAGUCAGGAAGAGAGUUACUGUCCAUGAAUAACCAUCGUGAUGUCGUUAACUGCUGUAGUUUCUCUCACGAUAAUACACGUAUCAUCACUUGUUCAGCCGAUCAAACUGUACGGAUUUGGGACAGUUUGAAUGGAGAAGAAUUGCUUUGUUUCACUGGUCAUCGGCAAGAUGUGUUCUGCUGUGCUUUCUCUCCUYGUGAUGGAAAUGUCGUUUCUUGUUCAGCUGACAAAACUGUCAAGAUAUGGGACAGUAAAAGUGGCACUGAGAGACUGACAUUCACUGGACACACGGACAUAGUCAGAUGGUGUUGCUACUCUUCUGAUGGAAGUAAAGUUGCUUCCUGCUCCGAUGAUACCAGUGUUAAGGUUUUUAACUCCAAGAAUGGUGCACUUCUUAUUUCACUUGAAAACCAUGUCAAUUCUGUGUCGUUCUGUUCCUUCAUGAGUGAGGACAAAAGUGUUGUAGCUGUUUCAAACAACUGUGUUAAAGUCUUAGAUUGCAGCACUGGACAGGAAACCAAAAAUUUCAAUGCUUCAUCAAACUGCUUGUCAUUGGCCUUUUCUCCUGACGAGACUGUUGUUGCUAUGGGAUUUUCUGACACUACUGUACAGCUGUGGAAUACUAUUUCGUACGGCAGUCUUGGUGUUUAUCGGGGACACACUGGGUGGGUACAUUCUGUUGGUUUUUCAUCGGAUGCAACCAAGCUGGUCACUGGUUCUGAUGAUGAGACAAUCAAAAUUUGGACCAUAGAUUCAAGUGCCGUCCAUGAUGUCAUAUCACUAAGAAGAGUAAUUGAUGCUUAUUUUGACGAUGGUUCUGUGAUUGUUGCUGUCACAGAUUUGUUGAACAGGCUUCUAUUGUAUGUUGGUGAGGAGGGCAGUUUGAAGGAAGAGAGUGAAGCAUUUCCACACAGAAUAACCAGCAUCACGUUCUCUCCCGAUGGGAAUGUCAUUGCUGUGGGAAGUGAAGACGGCAGCGUCAAGUUGUUCAACCGAUCCUGCCAAGUCUUGCACACUUUCAAUAACCACAGCAAGGCUGUCAGAUGGUGUAGCUUCAGCCAAGAUGGACUUCAACUUGUAACAGCAUCUGAUGACUCCACAGCCAAGGUCUACACCCUCCAACCCUAUGUGUACGUAUUCUCUCUCGAUAGUCACACUGAUAAAGUACGGCGGUGUAGAUUUUUCAAUCGAGACCGCAAGAUCCUGACGGCAUCUUUUGAUGGCACAAUGAAAGUCUGGGAAGCACAGACAGGCACCUGUGAAUUUACAUGUUGUCAUAGCAACAAGGAUUAUUUGUUGACAUGUGAUGUGUCACAUGACUGUAAAAAGAUUGUGUCUGUAUCUGUCGAUGGGUUUGCCAAGGUUUGGGAUGCAACAAAUGGACUUCUAAUCCAUUCACUUGGACCUCAUAAAGACGUCGUCAGAUCUGUGUCCAUUUCCAGGGAUAAUAAUUACGUCUGCACAGGAUGUGACGAAGGGACACUCAGGAUAUGGGACAUGAACAGUGGCAAAGAACUUGCUCAUUGUCCAAAACAAGAUGGCUGGAUCUCUGACUGUCAUUUCUCUCCAGAUGGACAGACAGUUGUAUCUGUGAGUGACAACUUACGGUGGUGGAGCACCGACGCUGUUCUAAAAAAACAAGAGUUUUUCAUCAAAGGAGGUUUUGCUAAGGACAUUCGCUUUUCAGAAGACUUUAAAACUUUUGUUAUGGUGGAUGACACUUCAACACUCUUCAUACUAAAACAAAUACAUUAAUUGGAACUACCUAACCAUAAAGUAUUUCAAGCCUUGAUAUUCAAGGUUUACUGCAGUAUUCUAUUAACUCAGUAGUUGCAAGCUGCACACUGAAAUUUGGUUUUUCACUGUUGUCAAUCAAAAAUAAUCAGUUGGUACCUUAUAUAUUUAAAACUGGCGACAGUGAAAAACCAAUUUCAGGACGAGCCAUUAAAAUGUUGAAGAUCACAGAAUAUCAAAAACCGUAGCAACAAUGGACAUUGCCACUCCUUUUAUUGCUAAGCAGUGAUCAAGACAACAGUUGCAACAGGGAAAAUGGGCAAUACAAAUUUGUGUAGGAAAUUGCUCAAUCUCGAGUACAGUUCAAAAAUUCAUAGGUACGAGUGAUGUUUUAAAAGUUUUCAAAAUUAGAUGAGCCUUUUGUAGAAAAGUUCAAUUUGAAAUAUUCCAAAACAUCACGAGUAUCUAUAAGUUCCAAAUUGUAUGAGAGGAUCGUGCGUUUUUUCUUAAAUAAUACACUUAACAAAAUUGAGCAACUUAAUUGGGACUCUACAGAGUACAAUUUGGGAUUUAAUUGUACUCCUUUUGUCCAAUCAGAAUAGAGUAAUUUUGUAGUGUAUUAUAAGUUCAGGUAUGGAAUCUUUAUCACGCCAUGCCAUGUUUAUUCUCAUGAGAAUUUUUUUGUUAAACAAUGAAUAACGUCAUUCUGAAGCGCCUUGCCGUGCUGGAAAAGAAUCUUCACAAAAUAGACUAUAAUUUUCAAUCAUUUCAUACAAGGCUCGUAAUUUACCUAUUAUGCAUGUUCUUAUACAGUCAAUGUCAUUAACGUUGUCCAGCGAAAAAAGACAUUUACACAUUUACGCAUUUAGACUAAA